GCAUUUUCUCCGCUUCUCAGUGAAAGCGCGGUGCCAUGGCUUUGCCCCUGGGUUUUACUCCUUUGGAGGUUCGGACGUAUUUGAUUCUCACACUUUGCUGGGUGAGUAUCGUCGUGGUGAACCUACUGGAGCAGCCUUAUGCGAGAUCGCUGAUCCACUGCGAGACUCCGGUGAGUACGGAGGAAGGUAGCGCUUUCUCAGGCUCGAAGUACUGUGGGAAUCGCUUGUACGUCAUUGACAUGGGCACCCAUGUCUCUGGCAAGGGCCAGAGUCUCGAGAACGUUGGACGGAUCCUCAUCACCCUGUUCGUAAGUGGUUUUGCAGACUAUGGCCGGAAACGCGCUGCGCUCUUGGGGCAGUUUCUGAUCACACUAUCUACGGCGCUUUUUGCAGUGGCCAUGUUCCUUCCACAAGGAUUAGCCAUUCCAACCUACAUCUUGGCACAAGGGCUGCAAGGGAUGAGUGGCAUUGGCAUCUUAGACCAGAUCGUCACCGGCGAUGUGGCGCUCAUCCUCAACGAUGGCGUUGGGGUGUACAGUCGCAAAGGCAUUGUCUCCGCAUUUUUGAUGGUCAUCUUGGUGCCCAUCAUCGUGUAUGUCCAGUAUGCCGAGAUCACGGAUUUUACAUGGGUCUGGACUGGGAUCGUGUCAUUGAACACCUUCGCCAUGGUCUUGGUGUUUUUCUUCUUUCCAGAGACCCUCCACAAGAAAAGUGAAAAGGAAAAAGAGGACCUGAAGAAGAAACCCACUUCUAUCGCAGGUGUUGCGUUGGAUGAGAUGAAGACCUUUCGCACCAUCGUCAAGACGCAUCCCUAUGUCGGCUAUCGCCUGGCUGAGGACUUCUUAGUCAAGUUGGCAGAUUGCAGUGCCAUUGGCAUGCCCUUCAUGAUGGCUCAGUUUCAAUUUUCUCAGUUUCAUGCGCUGGUCUUCCAGUUCAUUCCUCAGCUGGUGGGUGGCGUGCUUUUAGGUGGCCUUGUGGCAUCACUCUGUCGGGCUCAUGGUACUCGAAAAGUCUGGCAGAACUGCUUCUUCUUUCAUAGGAGCACUAGCAUCAUGAACGCCUUCUUGAUGCCAGUCACCAUCUUUGGCAUUCCGUAUCCCUUGCUGGGCGGUUUGAUGCACCUGCCCUUAAGUGGCUUUCCAGCUUUGUUGCAAGCCGUGGAAAUUCGCCUCGUGGGGCAGGAGACAAACGCCAAGUACCAAGCCAUGGCCCAGUUGAUGGGAUUCAUCUCUGGGGCGAUCACCAGUUGGCUCUACAGCGCCAUCUUUUUUGGUGAAGCUACGAGCUAUGCUCGCAUCGUGGCACCGUACGCGGUGUCGGCCAUGUUCAUGGCGACCAGCAUCCUUCCCUUUUGGCUCACCACGGGUCCCAUGCAGCUCGCUGAGUGCGACAAGCUGGACCAGGAGGCUCUUGCUGAGAUGAAGAAGAAAGAAGAAGAAGAAAAGGCGCAGGCCGAGAAAAAGGCGGAAACAGCUGAGGGGACCAAUGAGGCCUCUUCACCCCUCAAACCAGAAGCUGAACCAGAAACUGAGCCCUUACUGGAGAAGAGUGAAGAAGUGAACGUGGCACCCAAGACUGAAGAGGAGAAGAAGGAGGACUAGGUCAAGCUGAUUGGCAAAGCAGCAUGCGAAAGACGUGCUGUGACUUACGCAUCAAAACCAGGGCAGUGUCAACCAGGAUGGUUUGCUUUCUUGAGUC